AUGAAGUUCACCGCCUCCGUCCUCUUCACCAUCUUUGCCGUCAGCGCUGUCGCCCUACCGGAGCCUGUCGAAGAGGCUGCCGGCGCCCUGCCGAGAUGCGUUGCUAACCAGCCUAACUGCGCUGGCAGCAAGUACAUCGGCGGUGACAACUGCCGCUGCAGCGGCCAGAAGGCGCCUUGCGGCAACUGGAAGUGUGGCUGGGAUGGUGCACACUCAAUCCGGAUGCUCAUGGAUCAACUGAAUGAUGAACAGAGUCUUAUUCAUGCCUCUCCCCCACCAAUGAGCAUAAGGGGUCAAACUUCGGGCAUUGGUCCUGUCGGAGGAGACAUGCACUAG